GGUUGCUAUUCCUGGCUCCCAGUAUGGCCGCCCAGGUGUACCUUUUUUCCGCAAAGGUAACUAGCCUGACGAUGGCAGGGCAAACUUUACGAGCCCGUUGCAGCGCUCAGUGGAAGGCUCCGCGAACGGAUCCCCGCACGACUACGAUCGUAGCCGCAUGGGAAUUCGAGCCAAUUGCCACCCAAGACUUUGAAGGGCUGCAGGACGGUGCGUCGAGGAUUUGGAAGCAAACGCGCGCAGAUCUGUGCAACGGACCGGUAUGUGAAAAGCUCCUGGUGGUUGCGCAUGCACUUCUUUUUACUCCUGCCUCGCGUUCCGAUUCUUUCGCCGUCCGCUUUCUCCUCGUGUUUUCCCUCCCUUUAAUAAGAGUGCGGCGAUUCAUGAAUGCGAACGCCGUUCAGCCUACCAGCACGAGGCGUACCUAAGCGAAAUAGCCCUGUCCAUUGGGCAUCGCAGAAAUGCCACACGCCAAGUCCCGUUCCUGGGAUCUGAACGAGUUGUCUGCGGCAGCGACUUCAUGGUACAAGACCGGUGGAGCCAAAGGUCGUAAUUAUGUCGAUGAUCCGGCGUCGCACGGCAAAGGAGGUGGCCCCAGGCGACUCUCCCUUAAGGACAACCGUGUGCAGGCACGAACCCGAUCAAUUCCUGCCAUCACCGAUCCUCAGCACUACUCGCCAGCGCCGUACUCGAAGCCACCGACGAAGAAGCCAAGGCCGCAAAGCUUCAGCGGCAGGAUGGAGGGGCCAAUGAAAACGGGUCUGCCGCCACAGCUUUGGCUGCUGCCAUCGCUGCCAGGCUCGACGUAUAAUCCAAAGAAUGAAUUGCAACGUCGUGUGUCGCCGACAGCCUUAAGCUUCAGCAGCAGCGUUACCGCCACGCCUCCGCUUACGCCGAUCACACCGACGAGCGCGGUCUCCUCGACCUCAACGAGGGAAGAGUACCAAACAUCCGCACCCUCCAGUGCUUCAAAGGACCCGAAAUAUGUCCUGACACUCAGAACGAGCGACGAAAUCGCGAGGCAGAUGAAUAUGCUUCGAGAAAGGUGGUUCCCCGCAGAUAGACUCAAAGUCCCUGCGCACAUCACGCUGUUCCAUGCCCUGCCCGGUUCGCGGAUAGCACAGCUUUCGCAGCACAUCGAACAGCUCGCCGCGCGAAUGACGUGCUUCGAAAUCAGCACCGGGCGCGUCACCAAGACAGGCAGCGGUGUCUUCGUCGGCCUGGAGGUGGGCGAACAUGAAGCGCGGCGCAUUUUCGUCAGCCUCAGGACAAGCUGGUGGGAGUGGCUCAGCGACCAGGACAAGAGCUUCCGGCCGCAUUGGACGGUGCAGAACAAGGAAGCCGACCUGGCGAAGAUCGAGAACGCGUUCAAGGAUACGCAUCGGCUGGGCACCGCGCUCGGCUGGGCGACGGGACUCGUGCUGUGGACGUACGAGGCCGACGGCCGGUGGACGAAAGAGAGAGAAUUCGGCUUCGUGCAACGUGCGAGGGAAAGAGACGGGUCACGGUCGGAGAGCGAGAGCGAUGGCUGGCCUGUAUAUUGAAAUCGCCGUGGUUGGC